UUCACACUUUGUUUGUUGUGUUGUGAAAUUUUGUUUGUUUUCGAUUUCGAAUUCGAUUUUUUUCGUUUCUAAUCGAAAUUCUUGUCUCAAUUCCAUUCAAUUUUACAAAAUGAGUGAUCGUGGUGGUUAUCGUGGAGGACGAGGAGGUGGUGGUGGUGGCCGUGGUCGAGGUGGUGGCGGUGGUGAUUAUCGUGGUGGUGGCGGUGGUGAUGGUCGUGGCCGUGGCGGAUACGACAAUCGUGGUGGUGGCCGCGGAGGUGGUGGAUAUCGUGGCGGCGGCGGCGGUGGUGGAUUUAAUCGAGGUGGUGGACGUGGGGGUGGUGGAUAUUCGGGUGGUGAUCGUGGCUAUCAAUCGAAUGUUACAUCAUAUCCUGAAACACAAAAUUAUCCUGUUGUUCGUAAAGGUGUUUGUCCACCAGGACAACAAGGCCAACAAGUUGAAUUAUUGGCUAAUCAUUUCAAGAUUAAUGUUGGCUCAGUAUUGGUCUAUCAACAUGAUUUGAAUAUUGAUUUUGCUAACGAAAGUGACCGUACUUAUUUCAAUGCCGAUAAUGAAAAGAAGCAAAAAUAUUUUGCUAAAAAUUCGUACGCAAUUUUUCAAGAAUUUGCUAAAGCUAAUGAGAAAUUUUUCAAUUUCCAUUAUGUUUAUGAUCGAAGCAAGAAUUUGUAUACGUCCAAGCCAUUGGACACUAACAAUUUGCCCAAAACAAUUGAAGUACAAAUCGAAGGUCGUCGUAAACAAUUUCAAAUUUCAUUGAACAUGGUACAAAAAAUCGAUAUGACUCAUGUUGAACAAUAUUAUAAAAUGGCUACAUCUGAUUUGCCGGAAGUUAUGCGACAUUUUUUGGAAUUGAUGUUUCAAUAUUGUUACACUGAUCGAUUUUAUUCACAUCAACGAAGCUUUUUUGAUACCGAUCCUAGCCGAUUGAUGCGCGGUCCAUUUGAAUGGGUUCAAUUUGCUCACGGUUUUAGCCAUGGUGUUUGUUUGACCGAAAUGGGCCUGUCAUUGAAUAUUCAUUUGAAAACAUCAUGUUUGAUUUCGGUAUCGGUGGAUGAAUUAUCCAAAUUGGUUACAUUGGUUUCGGGUGGUCGUGAUCCAUCACAAUUUGGUCCUGGUGAUAUUGUUAUGGUCAACAAAAUUAUUCGUGGAUUGAAGAUUUAUACAUCACAUACUGGCCGAAAAACAUGCUACACAAUCAAAGAAUUGACUAUUCGUAAGCCAAGUGAUAUGAAAUUCACUGUAAAAACUAAAGAUCCAGGUGAAGGACGAAGUGUUUCAAUUCAGGAAUAUUUUAUGGAUAAAUACAAAAUUCGUUUGCAAAAUUAUCCAUUGGUUCGUACUGUUGGUAAAGAACAAUACAUACCGUUGGAACUUUGUCGAAUGGUUGAUAAACAAUUUUUGAAUAAUUCAAAAAUUCAAGCCGAUGCUAACAUACCGAAUGAAUUACUUCGUGUAUCAACACACAAACCAUUGAUCUAUUUUGAUAAAUUAUCCAAAAUUGCUAAUCAAAUUCCAUCAUUGAGUCCACAAUUAAUGUCGGAAUUUAAAGCCGAAUUUAUGCCUAAACCUGUUCGUUUUAUUGGACGAGUAUUGGAUACACCACGUCAAUUGAAUGGCAAACGUAAUGAUCCGUUUUAUAAUACCAUACAGAAACCGAAUUGGGCAUUUUUUAGUUUCGAUAUUAAUUUCAAUCAAGGCGAUGUUGAAAAUAUUGUUCAUGAUUUGAAAUCAACAGCCAAACGAUAUAAUUUGAAUUUAGAUUCUUGUGUCAAAUGUAUUACAACACCAGUUCAACCGGGAAAUCUGGCACAAGUUGAUACGAUUUUUGCAAAAAUUAAAACAACAAUGCCUGGACUUAAAUUGUUGUUUGUUGCAUUGCCACAAUGUGCUGGCAUGUAUAACAUGGUGAAAUUUUGUGGUGAUCAAAAAUAUGGUUUAGUUACACAAUGUAUGAAUUCAAUGAAAGCUAAACAACGUGGCCGUGGAUAUAUUGAUAAUAUUCUUUUGAAAGUUAAUGGUAAACUUGGUGGAAUUAAUAGUGUUAUCGAUGCAUCACAAUGGAAACAAUUACCAUUUGAUCAUACAAAAACUAUGGUACUUGGUGUUGAUGUUAAUCAUCCUGGUCAAACUGAACGAAUUGAAAGUUCAAUAGCAGCUGUUGUUGGUAGUUAUGAUCAAUUGUUUACAAUGUAUACGGCUUCAAUUUGUGCACAAACCAAACGUUGUGAUGAAGAGAUAACAUGUUUGGAACCAAUGGUAACCGAAUUAUUGGAUGCCUAUCAUAAACAAAAUCGAUUCUAUCCACAAACAUUGGCAGUUUUUCGUGAUGGUGUAUCGGAUGGUCAAUUUCAAUAUGCGGAAAAAGAAAUCCAACAGAUUCGUGCGGCUUAUCGUAAAAAAGAGCCAAAAGGCAAGAUAAUUUUUAUUGUUGUACAAAAAGGACAUCGUACUCGUUUUGUAUUAUCAAAACCAACUGGACCUAGUGAUCGUCCUGCUUAUAAUGUACCAUCCGGAACUGUUGUUGAUCAUACAAUUGUUGAUCCUUCACAGCACACGUUUUUCUUGAAUUCACAUUUCUCUCCAUUGGGAACAUCACGUCCAAUGAAAUAUGUUGUUUUGGAAAAUGAUUAUGAUAAGAAAGUAUUCAACAAUGAUGCUUUGCAAAAAUUUGUUUUCUAUCUUUGCCAUAAUUGUACUCGAUUCCGUGGUGGAGCAAUUGCAUUGCCAACACCGGUUCGUUAUGCUGAUCUUUGUGCUUAUCGUGCUAAAGUUCAUGUCGAAGCUCAAAUUGAAAAAUUGUGUAUGCCACAUGGUCAAACAAUGCAAGCUGAUUAUGAAAAGAAAUUGAUUGGACGAUUGAACGAAUUGGUCAAAAUUCAUGAAACAAUUAAACGUGUUCUUUAUUAUGCUUGAAGCAAUUGAAGACUCGAUUCUUACAUUUUUUAAAAAACAUUUUUUUUUGAAAAAGUUUUUUUUUGCAACAUUUAUCCUGAUCAGAAUUUUGAAACAUUUUGAAAUUUAUUCACAAUA